CUUAAAGUCCAGAUAAUGUUUCUCAGCUUCAAUUUACAGCAACCUUCCAGCUUCAGCUUUGUUCUAAUGACAAAAAGACAACUACAGGAUGAGAAAAAUGACUUCAGUCUUGCGGGACCUUUCGGACCACAAUAUGGUGCACUUCAUCAUACAACCUCAGAUUGUUGCUAGAACACUAGCAGGGGUGUUUUCUCUGGUUAUAUUUGCCUCCUUGGUGACUGAAGGAUAUCAAAAUUUGACAACUUCUUCCCAGCUACAUUGUAUUUUUAAUGAUAAUGGGGCAGCCUGCUGCUAUGGCAUCACAGUUGGUGUACUUUCUUUUCUCCAGUGUCUCCUCUUUUUGGGCUGUGAUGUCUAUGAUACUUGCAUUAUUAAUCACAAGUUCAAGUAUGCUAUCCUUAUAUUGGAUGUUACUUUCUCUAUGACAUGGACAUGCCUGUGGUUUAUUGGAUUCUGUAUCCUAACCAAUCAGUGGAACCGGUCAACUCACUCCUACCUGCUGGGAACUAGUGCUGCACGGGCUAGCAUUGCCUUUGCCUUCCUUUCUGUUCCAUGCUGGGGAUACCUAGCCUAUCUGGCUGUGAAAAACCUGUGGGCUGAGCCACCUGUGCCGUAUAAGCGGACGCUGGAUGAAGGAUCUGUUGCUCUGACCACUCUUUCUACAUCCACCUCCUCCUCUCUUCCCAGUAAUAUGGGGUUCCCUGAAAAUGUGGGUGCAGCUUCCUACCCAUCCACUCCUGUACCUCAUCGACUAACAUUAAUGAAUACUGACGACUAAGCAGUUAUUUGUUCCUGUAGUAAAUAAAUUUUACUAAAAAAAAGGUCCAACCCAAAAUGUCUGAAGUUGAUUUUACUGAAGCAAAGCAAAAAUAAAGAUGGAUGGACAAGGAAUUUGUAAGCACAAUAUAACAUGUGGUUCUUGUGCUUAAUAUUAAUACACAAAAACUUCAUAAACCCUGAAUGUUCAUCCAGAUUCUUCUGUCUUUUUUGGACGACAAACAUACUGAUUGUUUAUCCUUUAAAGCCAAAUUAAGCUCACAUAUUGGGGACCUGUCUAUUAAAAUACUAAAAACCAUUAUGUAGGAGGAAAAAAAUACAUAUGGAGCUGCCAAGGUACUGUUAUACAGUAUUUUCAGGAAUGAAUAUAGGUAUUAUAGAUAAAAACUUAUUUUAAAAUAUAAAAGCAAGCAUGUGGGAAGACUAUUUUUUAUUCUCUAUUGGCAAUUGGUAAACAAGUAGAGGCAAAUUGUGAAGCUGCUAUAAAGAAUUCUUUAUAUUAUGCCUUUGUCAGACCAAACUGAUUCAGAUGCUCUAUGCUGCUUAUUAUGAGGGACAUGGUGGCUCAGUGGCUAAGACAAUGAGCUUGUCAAUAAGAAAGGU